CCAGGGGUGGCGUACCAGACCGCCUCUCGUCCCUACAAGUUUCCUGAAGGUGGUGCCAUCUAUGAACAGUUUAAUGAACCUGAAGAGUACCGCACUCCGAGUGAAGACUCGGGAGUGGGUAUGGGCCCCACCGAACUCGUUACGAGAGUUAUACCCGCGGGGGACUGGCGGGGGGGUUCCCCCUCCACCUCCUCGAACCUCGACAAGCGCACCUCGGACCUGGCUCUCUCCAACGACGAGGAUUUUGACACCGGCCACCAGUGCGGCUACCUCGACGGCUUGCGCUCCCAGUUGGGAGGCUGGACGCAGAAAGUGAAGUCUUGGUAUUGGGGAAGGCCUCUCGAGUUGGCGCAUAAACUGAGUCGGAGCUUCGACAUGAAGGAAGACCAGGAACUCCUAGAAACUGAGGCAUCCACCAUGAGGCGCCACCAGUCUAUGCAGCGCCUCUCCAGAGGGGAACUCGUGGACUCCCACAUGGAUGAGGAGCUGGGUGCACUUGUCGUGCCCGACCAGCAGGGGAACCUCCGAAUUACCGUCAAGAAGACCAAGCCCAUUCUGGGGAUCGCCAUCGAGGGUGGCGCCAACACCAAACACCCUCUGCCUCGCAUUAUCAACAUCCACGAGAAUGGUGCCGCAUUCGAAGCCGGUGGCUUGGAAGUAGGGCAGCUCAUUCUGGAAGUGGACGGACAGAAAGUCGAGGGUCUGCAGCACCAGGAUGUGGCUCGGCUGAUAGCAGAAUCAUUCGCUCGACGGGAGCGCCACGACAUCGAAUUUCUUGUUGUAGAAGCCAAAAAGUCCAACUUGGAACCAAAACCAACAGCGCUUAUCUUCCUAGAAGCCUAGCAGCUGCUCUCCCUGCCCUGAGCCUGAGGCGCCCCCAAGUGGACCCCUUGCGACCUGCUCAGCUUCCCACGAAGUAGCCUUAAUUUAUUGUCGGUGUGAUGACAGAAUUAGCCUUAGUUGUACCUGGUUUGACUUAUGUGGUGUGAGGGGUAGUGUCAUCUAUACGUGAGGGGUUGAAACAUAUAUGCCCAGGUUUGAGGUCAGGGAGCUCCAUUUAGCCUUUCUCAUUCCUUCCCUGCAUUUAACAGUGUUCAAAAAUUUAGGUGGAGGGAACAGACUUGAAACAUUAUGAACUGUUAUUGACUCCAUCAAGUGUGCCAAAGCAAUGAAGAAUACAAAGCCAGCUUACUAUUUUGUGCUUACAGUUGCAAGUUUCCUACACUAUUACAUAAUAUACAUACUGUUCUAUAAGUUAAUGCCUUUAUAUGUAGCCAGAGCCUCAUCUGUAUGUAUGGUACUAAUACGAUUUGCAAAUCUUUUGGUCUUUUGAUCUUUCAUGCUGUCAUCAGGGCUCAACAUGACCCAUCAUUAACAAGGAUGGUAUCAGGUAAUCUGUCAUUUUGCCACCAUGGCUACAACUGGAUUUUGCCUGCUACCCAUAAGUUUUUUUUUUCUUUUUUCUUCUCUCUCACUUUUUGGAGCAUAGGGCUGAUUUCUCAGUGUCAUUGAUCAU